CUUAAGUCUAUAAUUGCGGUUGCUACUGCGAGACAAAGUUCCAUCGCAUCAUUUUGGCCUAUUAAAUCGCCGUCUCGAGCACCUCCACCGCUGGAAAAUGACAUCUAAACGGAAGGCGAAUGACGAACUUUCAGGCCAUCUGCCGAAGAUUCCAGCGCAUGUGGCGCCUGCCAAGGAUAUUCCAGCCAGCUCAACAGAAGAACCCGAGCUUAAUCCAGGCUCGCAUGGUAUAUAUUAUGCCGGACUCCCCCAGGCCUCGGCUGAGGCGGUGCCAAAACCCCCCACAAUUGCUACUGUUCGGCAAGAUCACGUCUAUCGAGUACGUGGUCUGCCAUGGAAAAUCAGUUGCCAACAGAUUGGCGACCUAGUCUCAACUCUCUUUAAACUAGAAAGCGACACUUCUGCGCCCCAAAUCAGGUCUCUUGCUAACGCCCCUGAUGGCCAUACGAUGGUGGCUACACUGAGUUUUCGAACAAUUCCUGCAGAACUCUCAGGCGGCGGUGAGAUUGAGCGACAUUUUGACAUAACAAACUUUCUGGGCAAUCUUCAAGCCGAAAAUAAAGACAUCGGACGUACACGUCGAAGUUAUACCCUAACAAUUGACGAUCACUUCCGUGGCCUCACAAUACUCAGUUCUCCACCGCCAUCUGAUCAUAAAGUCGAUUGUCUCGCAAUAUCAGGCCUAGGCGGUCAUGCCUUCGGCUCGUUCAAGGAGAAGGGUGGUUCGCGUAUGUGGCUUUGUGACUAUCUCCCAAACGACCUUGCGACAACCCGAAUUAUUAUCUAUGGUUACGAGUCACAACUCUAUGGCAGUCAAAGCUUUCAGGAUCUUGAGGCUCUCGCCACUACGCUAAGGACAUCUCUUAGACGUUUAAGCCAUCUAACGGAGAGAAAGCCGCUGUUCUUUAUUGCUCAUAGUCUGGGAGGGUUAAUAGUUAAGGAGGCUAUAAUUCAAAUGCGCAACGCAUCCACUGAUGACCCAGAUAUUUUGAAUUCAAUUUAUGGAGCAUUGUUCUUCGGGGGACCAAACCAGGGUAUGGACGUCAAAUCACUUAUCCCAAUGGUGGAAAAUCAAGUCAAUCAGGGGCUUCUACACUCUAUUAGUAACGAAUCUCAACUGCUCCGGAAACAGACUAGAGAUUUUCCCAAGGCCUUUGAUUUCCCAGAGUCGAAAAUUGUGUGCUUCUAUGAGACUGUCACUUCACCAACAGCGAUUAAGAUAGCAGAUAAAUGGGUUAUGAAGGGACCGGAUGCGAUCCUUGUGGGCACGGCGUCUGCAACUCAUGGUCGUCAUUGGGAGAAUCAAGCCCACCACAUCCAGGCGAUCAAUCGUGAUCACUCGCAGCUAGUGAAAUUCAAAGCUAAUGACGAAGUCUAUGAUCGCGUACUUGGCACGUUAGAGGAAUUUGCUGAGGAAGCUUUCGCAAUGAAGAGGGGUCGUAGGAUGGAAGUAGAAGAGCUGACUGCAGAUGAUUCCGACUGUCUGAAAUCGUUAGCUUUCCCGCAAAUGCGAUACCGGCAAGACGAGGUUCAAGAUACACGAGCAGACUCUUGUGGUUGGAUUCUUGAACACAAGGCUUACAAAAGCUGGAUCGGCGACCAGCAUGGUCUCUUGUGGAUCAAAGGAAAGCCUGGCUCGGGGAAGUCGACCCUGAUGAAACGAAUAUACAAGGAAAACGCAACUCAAACAAAUAUUCGGCUUGCAUUCUUCUUUCACCGGCGCGGUGUUCAAUUGCAACAGACGUCUAUAGGGAUGUUACGAACAAUAUCGCACCAACUCAUAAGCCAGUCUGCUUCUGCUCGUGCAGUAUUUCGAGCUCGUUAUAAUGAGAAAAAGUCAUUUGGACACUGUGGGAUAGAUUGGGAAUGGCGCGAUGCAGAACUUCGCCAAGCACUGAAAUCUGCUUUAGCAGUUGCGGCCAAAUUUCACGCCAUUAGCAUUUUCAUAGAUGCUCUUGACGAAGCCAGUGAGAACUCUGCGGAAUCCAUUGUUGCUUAUAUUCAUGAAGUGAAUGAAGAGCUUCAGGGAUCAGCGAGGCAAACAAGAAUCUGCUUCUCAUGUCGUCACUAUCCUAUUUUCAGCCUUAAUAUUGGAUUUGACGUCUGCAUGGAAAAAGAGAAUAACGACGACAUUUCGGCUUGUAUUGACGAAGAACUUUCAAAGCACAUCCAAGCGCACAAGCGUCAGUCACGGGAAGAUGAUAUCAAGGUUCUCCAAAGGCAGCUUUCAAGUAGCGCGUCUGGAGUGUUUCUAUGGGCCAGUCUUAUGGUUCCUAUCGUGGCGAAAGAGUAUAACAAAGGGAAGAGUCUCAAGCAUGUACUAGAGACAUUGCAGAGGGUACCACCUAACUUGGGCUCAAUUUAUGAGCAUAUCCUCAAGACGCUUAUUGACGCUGAAGAUCGGAAAGACUCAUUACAUUUGAUGCAGUGGAUCUCUCUCGCUAAUAGGCCUCUCUCUCUUACAGAGCUCCGCUUUGCACUGGCCUUGGACGACCCCUCAAUCCAUGACUUUCAGAACUCUGUUCAAGAUUCUGAGGAUUUUGUAGAGGAUGAUGCGCGAAUGGAGCAAUUGAUCACUAGCCUAUCUGGCGGCCUGAUCGAAGUCAGAGAUCACCACAGUUCUAACGUCGUCCAAUUUAUCCAUCAAUCUGUGAACGACUCCCUUCUUAAAGGCGGCUUUGAAUGGCUUGGGCUGAAUAGCAGAGCAAAUUUUGUUGGGCAAGGUCAUCAUCGACUUGCGAGGUCUUGUGUGAACUACCUAAAACUUGGAGAGAUUCAAGAAGUAAAGCUCCUGAAGUCGCGGCACAUUAAAGGAGCUAGGCAAAACCCACCAUUCUUGGAAUACGCAAUACAAUCCUGGUUUCUACAUGCACAGACAGCAGAAGGAAAAGGC